CGCCAGGGGGCGAGGCCAAGGGGUGAUCUUGUUGCGGUUGUUGCUGUUUUAUGGACCGAACUUCUCUCGCUCUCGGAUCCGGCUUCUUUCAUUUUCGUUUCCCGGAAGAACAGUAUCAUUGCUCACGCUACCUACUACGCUGUAUUUCACACAGCAGAGUAAGUGGGGUAGCGAGUGAGCACUAUUUGGGUGGAAGGCUGCUUUGUAUCCAAAGGUCCCCAGAACCAGAGGUCCUAUCUUCCAUCUCCACCUGUAAUGCAGGCUGAAGUGACAGCCAGUUCUUCAAGUCCUGAGACAGCAUCUGCUUCACCCCUGCAAUUGCAUCCCACACCUGUGACAUCACUACAGCCACCACUCUAUGAGGGACAAAUAUUCACAUUACCAGGCCGGCUCAGAAUCCAGCCUUCUCUGUGGAGCAAGGAUGAUGUGAUUCACUGGUUACGAUGGGCUGAAAAGGAAUAUUCGCUCCGGGAAACAGAUGGAAGCAAGUUUGAAAUGAAUGGAAAAGCCCUUUGUAUUCUCACCAAGGAAGAUUUCAGAUUGCGGGCUCCCAAUUCAGGAGAUGUUCUGUAUGAGUUACUCCAAUACAUAAAGACCCAGAGGAGAGCCCUUGUUUGCAGCCCUUUCUUUAACUCUCCCUUUAGAGAUGCAGAACAGACCCAGACCCAGAGCACUACUGAAGAUAUGAAAGGCAGGUUAGAAGGUCUCCCAGCUGAUGGCCGUGUACCGCCUGCAGAAUGUUUGAUUCUCACUACUAGUCGUCCAAGCCACGUGGACCAAUACAGAUCUUCCACCAAAACCUUCUACAGUCCUGCAGCAAUUAAUCUCCCUCACAACACAGAUCUCAGUUACAGGGCAGAUGUUGUCUGCUCUUUCCCUGUGACAUCACCUGCUCCAGUCAGUGGUAAAAUUGCAGAUUGCAGAUUACUCUGGGAUUAUGUCUACCAGCUGCUCUGUGACAGCCGCUAUGAAUCAUUUAUCAAAUGGGAAGACAAAGAAGCCAAAAUAUUUCGAGUUGUCGAUCCCAACGGAUUAGCCAGACUCUGGGGAAAUCACAAGAACCGCAUGAACAUGACAUAUGAGAAGAUGUCAAGAGCCUUGAGACAUUACUAUAAACUCAACAUAAUCAAAAAAGAACCUGGACAGAAACUCUUAUUUAGAUUUCUGAAAACUCCUGGAGAGGCAAAACAUGACAAGUACAAUAAAUUUGAACAGCUGGACAGUGAAGAGCAGGAAGGGGAAGACUGGAAAGAUGAUGUGUUGGAGAUCUCCCCCUAGCCAUCUGCCUAGUGGCACCAAGAGGCUGGGUUUGCAGUGGAAAGGCCUUAAGUGGCAGGGCAAAGACAUCUUCAGGCUUGUCUGUGCUGUAGCUUUCUGCAGCUCAAAUAUAUGGAAUUAGGUGGCUAGGCAUACACUGCCUUUGUGUCUGGGUGUCUCCUUUUAAACGGCUUGUGCACGAUCAGUGAACUUGGGGUUUACACAGCAACUCUGUUCCAAAACAGCUGUCUCCCAAAGCAGGUCCCCUCUCCACCCUGCUUGCUAGUGGAGUUGGUAUCUCAUCUAGAUCAGAUGUUUAAAAAACAUUGUUUCAUAAAUAUGGCUGAGUUGUGCAACCACAGUAAAACUUAACCCACAUUUGCAGAUGCAAUGAAUGAUUAUAAUGGGACAAAGGCACUCUGUGUCAGGCAUGAAGACACAAGGGCCGAUCAACUUUGCCAAUAUACAGCCAGGACAAAGACUCAGUAAAAGUUUAAAUUGGCUAGAAACAUAUUUUGACAUAUUGUUCCAAUGUUUUGAUAGGAGCACUUGAAAAUGGUAUAGCACUGGAACCUGGCGAACACAGCUCCUCCUAAUGAUGAUUAGAAUGGCUCUUCAGUGUUUUCAGUGUAGAUGACACCGGGUGCCUUUUACGCCAGUUCAACAUAGAGCUACAGUAGCCUGCUAAUGCAGAUCAAAGUAAUUAGCACCCUGGUAAUACCUUAUUUUACAAGUUGUUUUGCCUGUAAGGAUGCCAUUAUUCCCAUCUUUAUGGAUGGGAAUAGAGCCCGAGACUUAAAUGUAUUUUGCCAACUGCAAAUGUAAACAAAGCUCUUGUCUCAGCCACACAACGCUCCCACUUUCCUGACACAUUAAGAAUGUUCAAAGUUGGCCACAAGAAUCAGGUUUAUCUCUCAUUCUCAUGACGAAUGAUUGAAGUCUGAGCCUUUUGCUUGAGUUAAUUAUCUUUUAAAAAACAACACACCCUUAGAGAUUAAUAUUGGUAUCUGCAUCAAAAAAUGUAUCUAAAGAGUUCAGUGGAGAAGCAGUACUGCACAUAGAUGAAUACAGAUGCUAAUUGACAUCGGCAUUACCUGCAUGAUUGUAAACUUUCUUUUGCACAUUGAUCUCCCUUGCUGCUGGAUCAAGAGUUGGUUUAUGGAAAAAUUGCCUUCAGGAAGUUGCUCUCAAACAUUAGGAAAACCCCACUUGGGUGGGGCACAAGUUGUGUUUUCUCAGGGAGGGACAUCAUUCUGAGCCAAGAACUGCUGGCCACAGGGCCUCCCAACUCCAUCUUAGAUUUGUGGAAGGGCCUGCAUUUUCACUGCACCCUCAGCUGUCUUGGAGGUCCACCACAUUUGGUGGAAAAGUGGGAUGUAAAUACUUUAAAUCUAUCAAUCAAAAUAAUCCCUACAGUUAUUUGAGAAGGGGAUUCAGAAAGAGUUUCUCCUUUCUCCUUAACUGGGUUAAGAGACAAAUUGUUAAGAAUAUGUAUAUACUGCUUUUCAGCAAACGUGGUUUACGGAGCAAAGGUAUGAAAAUAUGGUUUCCUGUCCAAAAAGAGCUCACAGUCUCUCUCACACACAUAUAGGAAACUUCAGCACCAACUGGAGAGAUGGUCUACUGCACUGAAUAGGGACAGUUCUUCUCCCUGUGUCUAAAUAUAAGAGCCACCCCCUUAAAGUGUGCCUUUUUACCCACUUAGCAGGGGUUAGCCUAAUCUUGUACUUGAAUCAAUUCCUAAUCAAACAUACAUUUUUGCACUAAAGAUGUACUUAAGUGCUUUGCUGCUGCAGGAACAAGCAAAGAUUUGUAGCAUGGGUAGAUAGGAAGAGGUUUGCUCUGUUUUUUAUAAUAGACAAGGCUAUGCAAUAAACUGAACAGAAAUUAUGAAUUCAA